CCAUGCAUCUUGGGUAUACCUGAUACUGAGACUCAAAUCUCUGUAAAUGGUGUUGCUCGAGGAUAUAUAAGAGGGAUGGAGAGCGUGCUGGGGGCAUUCACUCCUGAGUCCUUCUUGGUUUUCACUCGCCCUCAACGCAACCCAAAGAAUAAAAAAAUGGCCUUCGCUGGUUUCCUCAGUGAUGCUGAUAUCAAAGCCGCCCUGGCUGGCUGCUCUGCUGCUGACUCCUUCAGCCACAAGACCUUCUUCAAGGCAUGCGGCCUGGCCAGCAAGUCCGCCGAUGAGGUGAAAAAGGCCUUCGCCAUCAUUGACCAGGACAACAGCGCCUACAUUGAGGAGGAGGAGCUCAAACUGUUCCUGCAGAACUUCGCUGCUGGAGCCAGAGCUCUCACCGACAAGGAGACCAAGGCUUUCCUCGCCGCUGGAGACAGCGAUGGUGAUGGCAAGAUUGGAGUCGAUGAGUUCGCUGCACUUGUAAAGGCAUAAAUUUCCACUGACCAAGAUCCACUUCUUUUCAUGGAACGGCGAGCUCCUUGCAAGAUUCCGUAACCACCAGCUGAAAGAAUAUUUUUUUAUAUCUUAUUUAUGAGUUGCCUGCGGAUUAUUUCUUAACAUGGUACACAUAAUUUUACUGUGAAUGUUAUCCUCAGAUGUGUUAAAUGUUCUGAAUGACUCUUGCAAACUGUAUAACACCAUCUGCACUUUUGAGGAAGAGUGAAAACCAGGAAUAAAUACUCUUUUGGUUUAAAAGUUA